UUUGAUCAAAUUUUGAAAAUCUUCAAGAAAAGAUAGAGUUAUUUUAUCAUGAAAAUAAGAACGUCGUAGGCUAGAAGGCUCAGUCGGAACUAUAGUACAAAAGAAACCCCAGUGUAUUUAUUAUCGAUAAUCGUACGUGUAGCGCAAGUAAACACUAAGACUUCGGUCCUGCAGAAUCACCAUCGAAAGAUGACUCUCGACGCGCACGAUAAACUGUUGGAGACAGUUUUGCAGGAGUACAAAAUUUUAACUGAAUAUGAACGGCUACAAAGUGAAGACCUAGGGGGUGUUUAUGUAACUCCUUCGUACGAAAAUCCCUUCCUUUGGUUCGGAGUGAUAUUCGUACGCGAUGGAAUGUACAAAAAUGGAGUAUUCCGAUUUACUGUAUCCCUGCCCAGUAGAUUCCCUAACGAUAGCUCAGUUCCGGUGGUUACUUUUCAGAGUGAAGUGUUUCAUCCCCUGAUCAGCCCAACCAAUGGUGUGCUUGACCUGACGGAUGCAUUUCCGAAAUGGCGUUCCGGAGAAAACCACGUUUGGCAAAUCCUAAAGUUUGUACAGUUCAUCUUGCAAAACCUUGACGAUCAUACGAUUCAAACGACGCAAAUAGCAAAUAACGACGCAUACGAGCUAUUGCUAGAACGUCGAAGUGAAUUUCUGCAGCGCAUAGAAUGCUGCAUCGAGGACAGUCAGAAGAAACUGUACGAUCUGCCAGCGACACCGGAUAGAAACUAUAUUUGUUUCGAUCGUUUCAACCCCGAUGUGCACGGUCCUGUGCUAGAGUCGAUGAAACAGAACAAACCGGUUGAAGUGUCCACUCCUCCUUCGUCGGGUAUGUCGUGGGUACGGCAUGGUUUAUAUCAACCAUUGAGUAAAUAACAGCCAUUUAUACAACCAACCGUUACCUUUAGUCCCGAAGAGCAUAGUUAAAUAAUUUUAUUGGUUUAUUACUCCGUUAAAUACACUCUGCGAAACACAUACAACAUUUUGGUAAGCUACUUACUAAUACUUGUGAAUGCAAAGAAUGUGCUAAUAAAAUGCGGCAUACGCUACCGAUUUUAACAUAAAACU